AUGAAUCAGAGUUUAAUACAUCAGCAACACUCGAUGAACACGAUGAAUCAGAAUUCAAUGCACCAGCAUCAACAAUUGAUGAAUCAAAUCAACCCACAGGUGGUUAAUUUCAACAAUGUACCCUCCUCGCAUGUUAAUCGGCCGAUUUAUCACCCGUAUAUUAUUCAGAUGAAUCGCAGCUACGGGGAUUGGGCGGCGCCGCCGCCGCACUACCAAAACCCUAACCUUUACCACCCCACUGCUUUCAAUAAUUCACUUGCUCAAAGGAGGAUCAAUCGGAAGGAGAGAAGGAUAAUUAGUUAUAAGGAGCAGCAGCGGAAAUUGAUCAAAUUAGGGCACCAGAAUCGGCCGAAGACUCGAAAAUUUCUCCACAGGAAGAAAUUCAAUAAGAACAAUAUGAGCAGCCGAUAUCCCCCACUUGCGCCGAGGAACACGAGUUCGUUUCUAAUUAGAGCGAAGAAAAACGGCGGCAUUGCGCCUCCAACUCCUAUUGAAUCUCCUGCGAGAGAGAUCUCGGUGGAAUUUGCCGAGCGAGAAUUGGAAUUGGAUGAUGCAUAUGGCUCAAACUCAAUGAAUGAGUUCUUUCCAUUCUCUCCUUUCUAUCAAUUGGAGGUGGCGAAUGAAGAACAAAAAGUCGAAGAAGAAGAACAAGAAGUCGAAGUAGAGGAAGAUGUGGAAGAAGAAGAUGAAGAUGACGAAGAAGAUGAAGGCGGCUCGAUCGUGGAAUUGGAAAAUAGAAUGGACAAUGAUUUGAGUAGGUUCGAGACGAUUUGCGAUCCGAAUAGCAUCGAUCAAGAUUCGAAAGAUGCGUCGAAUGUUGUAGAAUUGGAGGAGGAGAAUAUGAGUUUGAAGGAAAAGUUGUUGUUGAUGGAGAUUGAGUUGAGGAGUUUAAGAAAGAGAAUGUUGAUUCUAGAGAGAAGUGAAAACAGAGGAGAUGAUCAUCUUGUUGUUUUUAAUGAUGAUGUGUCUGAAAAUGAAAGCGAUAAUAAUAGUAUUGUUGAUUUGGAUGAUGAAUUUAUUGAAGGUGAUAAUUGUCAAGUUCUUGAAUCAACUAACUCUUGUUAA